AUGGUCUCCAAACUCGCUCUCGCGCUCGCCACGCUUCACGUAGUGUCUACGGCCACUGGUCACCCAAGUCUGCUCGACCGAAAAGACAAUACUCGACCCAGCUCGGUACCAGCAUCGGCCUCGUACAACUAUCUUGUGCCAGCUCUGUACCUGAAUCUCACAGUAAAAGCGGUCCUUGAUCUUGGGACUCUUGCGACUGGCGGAGAGCAGCUGCUGGGCGACAUCCUAGACGGUCGUUUGUACUCGGAGCCUGGCUUUACACCCCAAUUUUCUGGUAGAAUUCGAUAUGCAGAGGACUAUCUGACAUCCGACCCAGAUGGCGCCUAUGCUCGACCUUCUUGUGUGAUGACUGUCGUGCCGGAUAAUGGUUACGAUAAGCCGUUUCUCUUGAGGAUCAGCGGCGUACAAAAGGCGAACCCGAAUCUGGAUAUCAUCUUUGCUGGUAACACGACGGGUUUGCAGGUGCCAUAUGGGUACUCAUACUCUGUCUGGACGCCGACUUUCUUCGGCGGAUCUGCCAACUAUAGCAACCUGCAGGACAGUGUGUUCGUUGGAUCCGAGACGGCAAGCAGUAGUCCUAUUGCGGGAGCUUUCACGGUCGGCAUGAAGUUCUCCAAAGUGUUUCCUGUGAAUACAACAAUCGUGAUUGGGAAGGAAUUUCCGUAA